GAUUACAGGUGUGAGCCACCACACCUAGCCAGAGGAGUGAUUUUCUGAAACGGGCAUUUGCUUUUCGAGUUUCCAGAAGAUGCCACAUAGGUCAGGUUUUAACUAACUGGUCCUGAGUUCUGCUCUUUGCUGGUUUGGAAACUUGUAUUUUUCCGGAAGUCAGGGGGAAAUUUAUGUCACCCUAACUGACAGGGUCUAUUUGUAAACUAGAAUAUUCAUUUUUUGCACUUAUUAUUGAGUGUGUGACCUUGUCCUAAUCUCUGGGGGAAAGUCCCUGCCCUUUAGAAGCCUGUGGGACAGAUAUGUAAAUAAGUGUUAUGUAUAGUGUGCUAAGUCUAGAGUGACUUUACAUCCUGGUCUUCCUGAGACUCCUCUGGUUUAUGCCUGUUUUCCCCAUAUAAUUAGUAAGAAUGCCGCUCCCUUUCACUUUCAAAACUAUCUAAGGCCACAGUAGCAGUCUCUAUGAACGUUUGGAGUACAAAGAUGACAGAAAGGAGGGCCCAUCAGCGUGCUUCCCCUGAGUAUACACUUGACCUGGGCAAUGAAGGGCAAGUGAGCAGCCAAGGACUGGGAGGGUGUGGUGGGGGCAGGGUAGAGUUUCCUUUGGGAAUGUGCUAAACUCUGCAGGCAAAAGGAGAUUGUUCCUGAAGCUGCAAUUGGUUCGUUCAAGCUAGACAUUGUUUGACAGAUUUAUCCUGUGAUAACAAUUCCCCAGGACAAUAGGUAAACAUACAGAUUUCCACAUCCUGCUAGCAGUUUGGAUUACUUUUUGUUCGCUUAUUUUUUUAAAGAAGCUCUCCUAGAUGAUUCUGGGGCAUAUUAUAGGUUCACAACCAAUUCUCUACUAAUUGUGGCUGGGAAUUCAAAGAGACAGGAAUAGAGGGGAACAGGAACUGCACAGUUAAAGGACCAGUCACAGAUCAACCAGACUGGGGUGACCUCAGGUGAGAAAGCGCUUGGAGGCAGAACCAAGUGGGAGUCAUUCACAGCAGAUCUGUGAAAAAGGGGGAGUAUGAGAACUAAACCAGUCACAGUGGGGAGGCAGAGGUAUGAAAAGAUUAGAGAACUAUUCAGGAGGUAGAAGGAACAAGACCUAGUGUAUGCCAGCUAUUGACAGUAAUAUUUCUCAGCAGCAGAACAGUGUGUCAAAUCCAGGAGCCUGGGGGACCCUAUAACCUAAAGGUUUACUUAGUGAGCUUAAAGCUAAAAAUAUAAAUAGUUGGAUUGUAAUGUGGUAUAUCUCAUAUGGCCUUCCAGCCUAGUUGCUUCUUUGUAGUCCCUAAACUCUCAUGACAGUUGUGUUUUAUCUCUGGGAAGAAACAGGAAUGAAUUCUAAAGCAUGCGAACCUCACAACCCUUUCUUUUUUUAGAGGAAUUCUUGCCCUUUCCAAUGGUAAGAUGUCUAGCCAAGCCUUAUCUUGUGUUCUUUUUACUUCUGUUUUUGUUAUCUAGUGUGAAAGACAGUCAUGAUUCAUCAGCAGUGUAUGUGCCAACCCCUUUCAGGAGAGAUGGUCAGUCUCUUGCAAGUUUCAACAUGCAGAUUUUGUAGCUGUUCUCUCCGUGGGAACUUGCAGCACUUCACAGAUUCACUGCAAUUCUGGGAAAUUAUCUCUAAUAGUACAAGAAACACCUCAUCCAAGCAAGGAGGUCAUUAAGCAGCCGAUGCUCUUGGGAUAGGGUGCACUGGUGGUUUUGGGAGGAGGAAUGCCUAAAUGAAAUCCUUCUGUGGGAAAAGAGGAAAAUCUGUUAUUUCUCUUCGCCUUCAAACAUAAAGAUGUCACCAGGCCUCUCUUGGCUUACUACUGAAGUAGCAAAUGAAGUCAGAAAUCAAAGAAGGUUAUGAAAAGAAAGUCUCAAAAAAGGAGAAUGGGAAACUCAUCAGGCUGUAAUUCCACAGGGCAAUUUUAGUACCCUUCCUAAGACCUGGCCACGUCAGAGGCUGUUCGGGAGGGCAAGGCAUCUUAAAUUCUGGUCUUUGACCACCUUGCGCUGUUGCUGAGGGAUUUCCAAAUCCUGGGAGUGAGAGGGUUGAAGUUGAACAGGCUGAAAUGUUCCACGCUGCCAAUAUCUGGGAGAGGGAAAAAACACCAGGCCACAGCGGCCUCGAAGUUAGGACAGUGGGGCUGGUGGUGGUGGUUGUUUAAUAAGGGGAUUAACUUUGCGGUCCAAUAUCUUCAACGCCAUUAAGUCCCAGUGGCAAGAUGGAAACGUUAAAAAAAAAAAAAAAAGUCAGGAGGAAAAGCGCAGCGUGCACGGACUCAUAACGUGGAUCGCCUCCGCCCCUGACGCCCGCAGCGUUGCCUGGGGCGCCCGGGUCCUCCGCCCGCGGCCCCUGCAGCCCCUUCCCGAAGUCAGGGCGCGACCAGCGUGGCGCCGCGGCGGGGGUGAUCCGGUAGGCGCGCCGCAGACUUCAAAGGCCCCGAGCCGCCGCCGCCCCCGCCGGCACGCGCGGGUAGUACGGUCCGAGGGGGCGGCUCCUGGGGCGCGGCCUCGGCUGCAGCUGAUGCGCGCCUAGCCGGCUGGGAGGCCGGAGCCCGAGACCCCGGAGUACGAGCCGCGGAGUACGAGCUGCCCGGUGCCGCGGGCCGGGGCCCUGACGAGGAACCAGGAGAGGCAUUUUCACGGCGAGGGAAGCCUGGCGUGGGGGCGCCGCGGCCGCACGGUUUGGGAAAGAGGACGAAGAGGAAGCGGCGCUGCUUGCCGGCGAGAGGAAGCGCUCCACCCGCGCCCCCGACGGCGCUCGUUUAACCACAUCCGCGCCUCGGCUGGAAACGCUUACUGGCGCCUGUCACCGGUUCCCUCCAUUUUGAAAGGGAAAAAGGCUCUUCCCCCUUACCCUACCCCUAGGAGCUGGAGCCGGAGGAGCCGCGCUCAUGGCGUUCAGCCCUUGGCAGAUCCUGUCCCCCGUGCAGUGGGCGAAAUGGACGUGGUCCGCGGUGCGCGGCGGGGGCGCCGGGGAGGACGAGGCCGGUGGGCCCGAGGGCGACCCCGAGGAGGAGGACUCGCAAGCCGAGACCAAAUCCUUGAGUUUCAGCUCGGAUUCUGAGGGUAAUUUUGAGACCCCUGAAGCUGAAACCCCAAUCAGAUCACCUCUCAAGGAAUCCUGUGAUUCAUCACAAGGAUUAGCAGGAUCUGGGGCCAAAACCCAAGAAUCACAAGAAGCUGAUGAAGUGGUUGAAAAAUGCUCAUCUGACACUUGUUCUAGACCUUCAGAAAAUGAGUUAUCUCAGCAGCCCGUUGAUUCUCACUUAGUCAAGGCUUUCAAAGAAGAACCUGAACACGAUAUUAGCAAAAUUUCAAUUGUAAGGCCAUUUUCAAUAGAAACCAAGAAUUGUACAGAUGUCCCGGCAGCUUUUGGAACAAAAGCGGCUCAUGGCUGUGUAACUGGAGUUUCAGGGGAGGGUUUACCCCCCUGUGUACCACACGCCCCCCAGAACAAGGCAAUGACAGAAGGCAGCAUGGGAGUUAUGCUCGAGCCAUCGGCAGAAGCUGUUCUAAAGGCCAGAAACUCCUGCCCAGAGCCUGUGCCCUGCAGAAGCAAACUAAGAAGGCCCAAACCUAUCUCUCUGAGGAAGAAAACGAUUGGAGGAGAGUUCUCACACGCUGAAACUGCUGUGGAGGAAACCCCUCUUUCCAAGGCAUCCUGCCAGUUCAGUGUCAGAGAAUUGGAUGAGAACACAAACCCUUCUCUUCUAGGAGAAAUCUCAGGCACUGUCAGUAGUGACACCAGUGAUUUGGGGGUUGAGCUGCCAGAGGAGGCAAGGAGCUCACCUCUCAAGCUUGAGUUUGAUUUCAUAGAAGAUGUGGAAAAUAUAGAAGCCCGGAAAGCUCUUCCAAGGAAACUUGGUAACAGACUGACUCCCAAGGUACAAAACGACGGCGUCAGCAAGCCAGUGGGUGUAGCGCAGCCUGCAGAGCCGGCGGGAGACGCGUCUCUCUCUCGGGUGUCUUCUCGACUAGAUGCUAGUCAGUGGGACAAGCCCAGCUUCAGUCCCUUUGGGAGCCACCCCAUUCUGCAAAACUCCCCUCCCCUCUCCUCUAAGGGUUCUUACCACUUUGACCCAGAUAACUUUGAUGAAUCCAUGGAUCCCUUUAAACCAACUACAACUUUAACAAACAGUGACUCUUGUUCUACCACCAGUAAUCAUGUUAACGAAGUCUUAGAAUCACCCAAGAAGGCAAAGUCCCGUUUAAUAACGAGUGGCUGUAAGGUGAAGAAAUAUGAAACUCAGUCCCUUGCUUUGGAUACAUGUUCUCAGGAUGAAGAAGCAGUGAUCUCCCAGAUUUCAGACAUUUCUAAUAGGGAUGGCCACGCUACUGAUGAGGAGAAACUGGCAUCCACAUCGUGUGGUCAGAAACCAGCUGGGGCCGAGGUGAAAGGUGAGCCAGAGGAAGACCUGGAGUACUUUGAGUGUUCCAAUGUUCCUGUGUCUGCCAUAAAUCAUGCGUUUUCAUCCUCAGAAGCAGGCAUAGAGAAAGAGACAAGCCAGAAGAUGGAGGAAGAUGGAGCCGCUGUGCCUGGACUACUGGAAUCCUCUGCAGAGAAAGCCCCCGUGUCAUUGUCCUGCGGUGGCGAGAGCCCCCUGGAUGGGAUCUGCCUGAGCGAAUCCGAUAAAACAGCUGUGCUUGCCUUGAUCAGAGAGGAGAUCAUCACUAAAGAGAUUGAAGCAAAUGAAUGGAAGAAAAAGUACGAAGAGACGCGACAAGAAGUCUUGGAGAUGAGGAAAAUUGUGGCUGAAUAUGAAAAAACUAUUGCUCAAAUGAUUGAAGAUGAACAGAGGACAAAUAUGACCUCUCAGAAGAGCUUCCAGCAGCUGACCAUGGAGAAGGAACAGGCCCUAGCCGACCUUAACUCUGUGGAGAGGUCCCUUUCCGAUCUCUUCAGGAGAUAUGAGAACCUGAAGGGUGUUCUGGAAGGGUUCAAGAAGAAUGAAGAAGCCUUGAAAAAAUGUGCUCAGGAUUACUUAGCCAGAGUCAAACAAGAGGAGCAGCGAUAUCAGGCCCUGAAAAUCCAUGCUGAAGAAAAACUAGACAAAGCCAAUGAAGAGAUCGCUCAGGUUCGAACAAAAGCGAAGGCUGAGAGUGCAGCUCUCCACGCUGGCCUCCGGAAAGAGCAGAUGAAGGUGGAGUCCCUGGAAAGGGCCCUUCAGCAGAAGAACCAAGAAAUCGAAGAACUGACAAAAAUCUGUGAUGAGCUGAUUGCCAAGCUGGGAAAGACUGACUGAGAUUCCCCUGUUAGCUCAACAGAUGCAUUCGGCUGCUUCUCUCGAUUAUCUUGCCUUAUCCAAUAAUAAUUGCCCCUUUGCAGAGAAAAAAAAAAAACUAAGAAAAGCACAUGCCUCCUGCUGCCUGUCCCGCUUUGCUGCCGCUGAGACAGCCCUGGGAGAGACCUGAGUGCUGCCGGUCCCACGGGGCAUGGCCUGGCUGGGCUGGCCUCUCCCGUGCCCUGUCCGCAGCUCCAGUUAGACUGGCUGCCGAGUUUGGAUUUGUGGUUUCUCUACCUUCAGUUUGUUUUAAAGUCACCUUUACUUUUCCCAGGACGUUAAAUUUAUGGUUCCGUGGCUACUGUUGGGAUCAUCUCCUUUCUACCACCUGUGUGAUUCAUUUUGUGACCCAUUGGUUUAAUCUUCUAAUUUUCAGUAUCAGUGGUUUUAUUUAAGGAGAUCAUUUGGCCUAUUUUUAGCUUCCCCCUUGAUAAACAAAAAAUGAGCUCUGCGUGUCCUUUUGCACACUCCCUCACUUCGUCGUGUCGAUUUGCUGCUGCCUUUCCCCUGAAGCGUAGUCAGAUAAGAACUUUGCUAUAGUAGACAGUAUUUCCAACUUAAGAAUUUGGGGGAGUGAGGAUGUGACGGCCACAGCCUCAGGCUUUCACAGCUGGGGCAGACUUUUUGCCAUGAGGUUUAUUGCUCUGGAGUUGGGACACUCCUCAGCUCUCCUGGGUGCAGCUGUCCUCUGGUCAGUCCUCAGACCGAGAGCAGUGGUGUCUCCCUUCUGUGUGAACAGCAAUACGGGACUCCCUCAGCACUGAGAGUCACUUAGCCUCCUCUGCUUCCAUUUGUUGAUAUGAAAUCAACAUUUAAUUUUUAUUAUCUUACUUGUGAAAGGUUUAGAUCAUCUUAAUUAAAAGGUAACUGUAGCCCCAUUACCAAUUUUAAGGUAAAGAAACAGUUGUUCUGUUAAUAAGUGUGAUACAUUGUUCUUCAGAUGUUUUUAAAAGCGAAAAAACCUUUCCAAAUUAAGAUAGAAUUUUUAACAAAACAGGCAGUAAAAAAAAUCAUGUGAACUACUCCAAAAAUCAGUUCAUUUUGAGUAUUUAAAACAAUUUGAAUACUGGGGAGGGGAGUGAAGGGAAGAGGCUUUUGCUAACAAAACCAGAUCCCUCAAGCUCUUACCUCACUCAGUUUAGAGUGGUGGAACAUUAACCCCAAAAUGAAAAUUUUCCCUGUAACCCUAGUGAAUUCCCUUCCAUUUGAUAGGCAAAACCCAACCAUGCCAGUGUUGUAAAGCGCUCUUGUCUUGCUCUUACACCUGGAGGUCUUCAUGGGGACAUGCACUGUAUUCAGUACAGGAGUGUUUUCCUACUUUUCUUGUAAAACUGUUGCAUGAUACAACUUCAGCAGUGAACUGUGCCUAGUGGAGAACUUCUAUAAAUUUUAACAAAUGAAUUUUUCAUUACAGUGUAUUAGUCACAUGGGUGUAAUCUUUAGCCCCAGGGAGGUCAAUAAUGUCUUUUAAAGCCAGAAGUCACAUUUUACCAAUAUGCAUUUAUCAUAAUUGGUGCUUAGGCUGUAUUUUAAAACCUAUUGUCUUAAUAUUUUGUACAAAGAAGAACAAUAGAAAUUAUCUGUGGUUUGAAAAGUGGCUUGACAAUCAUUUGGGCUUUGAAAAUAGUCACUGUGGAUUAAUAUGAAUGCUGUACUGACAGUCGUAGUAUCAACAACACGUGUCUCUUGCUGGUGUAGCUGAUUUCUAAGUCCUCCACUACUAAGGAGAUUAAUCUUGCAUUUUGCAGAAAGAAACCUUGAUUGCUAAUCCUUUUUUGCUGCUGUGUUUUUAUGACAUAUCCAUGUUUACUUAUUUUAUAUUGAUCUGUUUUAAGUAUGAAAGGCAUAGAGUGGUCUCCACUAUAAAUUCUGAGUCAUCUUUUUAAGCUUACUUUGUAUAAAGAAAGUCGCUAUAUGUUAAAACAUAGGUGACUGUCUUUCCCCAGCAUACUGGUAGAAGAGACCACUUAAAAAUGAGACUCUGCUGAAUGAAGCUGAAACACAAGGAAUCCCAAAAGUCCCUUCUUCACUUAUAUUGGUCACUAGCUUCUCAGCCAUGAGGAUUAUAAGGAAGUAAGUGUCCAUUCUAAUUUAAUAAAUGGAUAUCCUCCAGUAAGGAUAAAAAUAUAGCUUUUACAGCUAGAAAAUCAAGAGUAUCGGCAGAAUGAAAUGUGUUUUUCUUUAAAAAUUAAAAAAGCUUUUUAGAACUCUGGAGAAUAAGAAUACAGUAUAGAGAGUUUGCUUUAACACAUGUGGUGGCCAAAUAACUGGUUAAGCAAUGACACCUCUUGUUACAAAAAUGACAAAGGGAACAGGAGGAGGCUGUUGGCCAAGGGAGUGUUUGGGAAUACUAGGUGUUUGUUUGUUUGUUUUUCCGUUUGUUUUGAGACUCUGGAUACAGAGCCAUCUCUCUAGCUUUUGACUUUGCCAAAGUGUAGAGCCUUUGUCUAACAGUGCUUCAUUUGGAGAAUUUGACGGAAGACAGACAUUUGCCAUUUGGUAGGCUAGACUGUCAGUUACAGUCAGAGCUCCUGAGAUUUAUUUUAUUUGGAGAAGCCCCUUGAAGCUGAUGACCUACCCAAACCUUUUGUUCUGUAAAACUGUUCUGGAAACAUUGAGAAGCCCCGUUUUCUCACAUGGUUUCUAGCUUCUUCAGAGUCAGCCCAAAUUAGAAGUGCAGAAGCACAUGGUGGUGAAAACUGAGGUUUGGCAGCCUUCCAUAAGGUCUGGAAUCUAAGGAAAAUUUGUUUCAUUUUGGAGGAAAGCUCACAUUGAAUUUUCUUUCCAGCCAGUUACCCUUUCUCCCAUCCCAUACUUUGUAUAACUCUACACAAGUAGGUAGAUAUUUAUUAGAGCUUGAAUUAGUUCUAGUUAUAAAUGGGGAGAAUCACAGCCCCACAUGUGCUGGGCUCACUGCAGAGGCCGGACUGAAACACGCUCUUCAGUAAAGGUAACAAAGGGCUCAUUGGAGGCUUCAAAGCUCAAAAAGGGGGUGUUUUAAGAGCCAGCAUGGUAACUCUUGUGUACAUGAGUUGGAAGUGAUUCAACACAUCCAUUUUCAGGGGAGUACAAUUUCUAAAGCCCCCUUUACAUUUCUUUCUGGUUUUUUAUUGUAAUUCAUAGCCGUCUUGUGAAUUGUCUGUGACUCUUGUCUCUGGGUAGUCGUGGGAUUGUAUGAGCCUGCCCUCAGCCCACGUUUCUAAUUUUAUUCUCUUGGGAAGAGAGAAAUGAGGUGUUGAACGAUUAAAUGAUUCACAAAAGGGAUUUAAAGUAAAGAUGUAUAUAUUCUAAAGAAUUUAAAACAUAACAGAUUAUUAUUAAAGAACAAAUAUAGUCUGGGAAUCCCAGAGUGUCAAGCCAAAGGUCUAAGAAGUCGUCAUCUUCAAAUAUUUUGAUAAAGAAGUAUUUUGAGGAGACAUCUAUCCAAAAAGAUUUGACUGACCUCUAGAUUCUAGUUACUUUUAAAAAGCAAUUUGCCAGUUAAGUCCUUGAGUCUCCCAUAUAGUAAAGGCAAAGAAAUCGACUCUUCUUUCUAAGGAUCUCCUCUGGAAGAUAAUGUACUGGCUCAUUCUCCAGUGAAGACCUACUUCCUAGUGCCAGAGCUUGCAUUCUGGAGACUAAAGAUUGCACUUUUCAUAGUUUUUCAUCCAAAUGCAAUCCCAUUUCUGUGCCUCUUAGCAUGCAGUUAGAUUUGGACAAACCAGAUUCCUAAGGAAUGACUUUAUUAACUAUAAUAUGGUUACAGCUAUUAUAUAAAUAUAUAUUCUGGUUAUAGUUCUAAUAUGGAGACAAUGUGUGCAAUGCUGGCCUGUGGCAAUCUGUAUAAUGCUUUAACGUGUGGAGAUCAGGCUCAGCGCUGAGGUGUGGCCUGAACCUCCCCUGUAUCUGUCCUUUACUUUAGAACCGUCAAGAUGCCUCUCUCUCCCCUUCUGCCUUUCACUGGCUUCUGAAAUGUUCUCCAAAAGAGCAUUUCCUACUCACAUCAUUAUCUGAUAUUCUAUGUUUAUGAAGAAUUUUCCAACGGAUAUGUAAAAACUUUGAACCCAGUUCAGAUACAGGGCAGCGUGUAGGUCCCCACGCCUCAGCCUCUGCCCCAGCCCUUCUCAGGCGUCAGGAUAGGAUCCAGGCAUUUCUUUAUAUCUCAGAGGUAGCAGUGAACUUUUCAGUGUUACUGUUAGCAAGUGUGUUUGCCAAUAGAUCCCCAUUAUGCUAAUGUGCCAGUAAGUCACUGUCUGUUGCACAUCUGCUCCCACCGUGGCCCCACGGGUGCCAUGAAGCACGUGAGGUGAGGAGCCUCCGUCGGCGAGACGGGCGCUGCGCUGACUACUGCUGUCAGGAGAGUGUCGUGUGGAGUAAUCAUCUACAUAAAUUUUAUAUGCACAGUAAUUUCCCUUUUUAUAUGUCAAGUAAAUAUUUGUAAAAGUUAUACUCACACAGAUUAUUAUAAUGAUUACUAAUAUAUUUUUUCCAUGUUUCAUUGCUUGAAUAAAAACUGUUUACCACUGUUAGA